AUGAAACUACACCUUGUGAUUCUCUGUUUGAUCACUGCUGUCUACUGUUUCAGUGCUGUUGACAGAGAAAUCUUUCAGCUCAACCAUGAAUUACGCCAGGAAUACGGAGAUAAUUUUAAUUUCUAUGAAUGGUUGAAGCUUCCAAAAGGUCCCUCGUCCACGUUUGAAGAUAUCGACAACGCGUACAAGAAACUAUCCCGUAAGUUACACCCCGAUAAGAUAAGACAGAAGAAACUAUCCCAGGAACAAUUUGAGCAAUUGAAGAAAAAGGCUACCGAAAGAUACCAACAAUUGAGUGCUGUGGGAUCCAUCUUAAGAUCCGAGAGCAAAGAGCGUUACGAUUAUUUUGUCAAACAUGGAUUCCCAGUCUAUAAAGGUAACGAUUACACCUAUGCCAAGUUUAGACCAUCCGUUUUGCUCACAAUUUUCAUCCUUUUUGCGUUAGCUACGUUAACCCACUUUGUCUUCAUCAGAUUGUCGGCCGUGCAAUCUAGAAAAAGACUGAGUUCGUUGAUAGAGGAGAACAAACAGCUGGCUUGGCCACAAGGUGUUCAAGAUGUCACUCAAGUGAAGGACGUCAAAGUCUAUAACGAACAUCUACGUAAAUGGUUUUUGGUAUGUUUCGACGGAUCCGUUCAUUAUGUGGAGAACGAUAAAACCUUCCAUGUUGAUCCGGAAGAAGUUGAACUCCCAUCUUGGCAGGACACUCUUCCAGGUAAAUUAAUAGUCAAGCUGAUACCCCAGCUUGCUAGAAAGCCACGAUCUCCAAAGGAGAUCAAGAAGGAAAAUUUAGAUGAUAAAACCAGAAAGACAAAAAAACCUACAGGGGAUUCCAAAACUUUACCUAACGGUAAAACCAUUUAUAAAGCUACCAAAUCCGGUGGACGUAGAAGGAAAUAA